CAAAUCCCAAAGUUCCUUGCUAGUCCUGCGCGGUGGCACCCUGCUACGUCAUUGUUGUAAGAAGAGCUGUUUUGUGCAUGAAAAAGCGUGGAUCGGAUCUCUGAUUUUUACUGACAGCGCAUAUCAGCAUGGAGCGGGGCUGCUGCCAUUGACUGCAAGAUAUAUUGCAUUUAAAAGAAAUAACUCACAAGAAAAAAAAGAAACAGAAUGGAAAUAGAAAAGAGAACGAAUGGGUUUGAGUUCCAGGAAAGACGUGUAAACGGCUUCUACGCAGAUCACACCUUAGAAAAAGACCAGGCGAAUGGGAUUGAUGGAAUGAUGAAGGAAAACCAUGUGGAUGACCGUGCUGAUCGAACCUGCCUUAUCUGUGGGGACCGAGCCACAGGGCUGCACUAUGGCAUCAUCUCAUGCGAGGGGUGCAAGGGGUUCUUCAAGCGCAGCAUCUGCAACAAGCGGGUGUACCGCUGCAGCCGGGACAAGAACUGCGAGAUGUCACGCAAGCAGCGGAACAGAUGCCAGUACUGCCGGCUGCUCAAGUGUUUACAGAUGGGAAUGAACCGGAAAGCAAUCAGGGAAGAUGGGAUGCCAGGAGGUAGAAACAAAAGCAUCGGACCUGUCCAGAUAACAGACGAGGAGAUUGAGAGAAUUAUGACUGGGCAAGAAUUUGAGGAGGAGGCCAGCAUACCCUGGAGUAAUAAUGGAGACAGUGAUCACAGCUCCCCAGGCAAUGGGGUUUCCGAGGGCAACCAGCCGUCACCUGUUUCCACUCUAUCAUCAAGGUCAGUGGAGCUGAAUGGAUACACCACUGCACUCAGGGACCAGUACAUCGGGAUGCCAGUGUCCUCGCACUACCAGUACCUGCCGCACCUUUUGAGCUACGCUGCACAGUCCGGCCUGCUGCCCCAGCAGUCGCGCAGCCUGGACCCUCAGUCACAGUCUCUAGUCACUCAGUUAGUGGCGUCUGAAGACCUGGAGCCUCUCUGCACACCGAUGCUAAUAGAAGACGGCUACAAAGUGACGCAGGCUGAGCUCUUCGCCUUGCUCUGCCGGCUGGCGGAUGAGCUGCUCUUCAGGCAGAUAGCCUGGAUCAAGAAGCUGCCCUUUUUCUGCGAGCUGUCAAUCAAAGACUACACUUGCCUGCUGAGCUCCACGUGGCAGGAGCUGCUGCUGUUGUCCUGCCUCACAGUGUACAGCACACAGAUCUUUGGAGACCUGGCCACCGUCACCUCCAAAUACACACCCUCCGACGACGAGCUGCACAGGUUUAGCGAGGAUGGCAUGGAGGUGAUGGAGCGUUUGAUAUACCUCUUUCGGAAAUUCAAUCAGCUGAAGGUCAGCAAUGAAGAGUAUGCCUGCAUGAAGGCCAUUAAUUUCCUUAAUCAAGCAGAUAUCCGAGGCCUCACAAAUGUGUCCCAGUUGGAGCAGUUGAACAAGCGUUACUGGUACGUGUGCCAGGACUACACAGAGUUCAGGUAUCCACACCAGCCCAAGCGCUUCCCAGAGCUCAUGAUGUGUCUGCCUGAGAUCCGCUACAUUGCAGGAAAAAUGGUGAAUGUUCCCCUGGAGCAACUGCCUCUGCUGUUCAAAGCAGUCCUACACUCCUGCAAGUCCAGCAUUACCAAAGAGUGAAGAGGGCAGCUCCAGGCCUCCAGUUCCACUGCCUUCCAGCGCUGCCUCCAGCAGGGAACUGAUACAAAUGGCGGGGGGACGGGGGACUCCCCAGGAAUGUGACAAGCAGCUGUUUUUUUACUUUUUUUCUUGUAUAUUUAUUUCACGACAGAGUUGAAUGUAUGAUCUUCAACACAGUGCACAUGCUUCUGUACAAAAAAUGCAGAAAAUGCAUUGUUCUUGCAGUUUACAGUGUGUUCAGUGUUAAAUUGUUACAGUGUUGCCAUUUUUAGGACUAGUUAUUCUUUUAUAUUUUUGUUUUUGAUUUUUAUUUCUUUCUGAGUAGGGGCUGAGACAAAUAUUUGAAUUGUGUUUUUUAUUAAGACUACCUCAGGAAUAUGGUACCAUUUUGCUUUUAAUACAUCUCCCAGUCAAGUGCUUUCUUCGACAUCAUAUGGUCUGUGUCUGAAAGCUGCCAUCUUCUAGUUCCAUUGCACAGCUAAUUGUUUGCCAAAGAUACUACAGUCUUUGCAAUUCGACCAAUUCAGAAUGUGUUUAAUGUUAUCUGUUGUUUGCAUGUUUGUCUUUUGUAUCAUUUGCUGGUACACUUACACUUCCUUGGCUGAAAAAAUCCCUAAACAGCAAGCUAUCUUUCAAAUGGGAAUAAUGGUAAGUGCUCUCAGUUUUGAAGAUUUCAUUCUGAAGAGUUGUUGUUCCUCUUUAACCAAAGAGGCUUCAAGCUGCAACAGUCCUGAUCAAUUGUCCACCCCAAUAGAAGUGUAUAUGUCUGCAGAUGCCCAAUUUGUUUACCUACCCCAACGGUAGUUCUAACAGUAGGGAUACAAGCUUCCUGUACUCUUGUAGGCUACCAGCCUCGUCAUAUGUCAAGAAGGCAUGCUCUGGUGCUCUGGCUGCCACUCGCACAAGCAGGAGGGUAUUUUCAAGCUCUAUUUUAACUCAGUAAGCAGCACAUUUUCUGCUUGGUGGUAUGUUUGCUUUUUAACAUUUUACAGGCAACGUCUAGACCAGAUGAUAUUUUAAAUAAAUAUGCAAAUAAUAUUUUGGGGGAAGCUGCACCUUUAAUUACUUUUGGUCUGUAUGGAAAACCAAACAAACACAAGCCGAAUGAAGCCCCAAGUAAAUUACUUUUGAUUUAUCAGAAUUUAAUUUGUUUAAAUAAACAGCCGUAAAAAACUUUUAUUAAUCUAUGGGUAACAAUUGUUUUUUAUUUGUUUGCCUGUUAUUAAUGCUGUUGAUAAAUAAUAAUAAUAAUAAUAAUAAUAACAAUAAUAAUAAUGAUCAAAAUGAACUACAAGGUGGUUUUGUUAUCGGUCUCAAUCCAGAAUUGAAAUGCAAAAUCCCUCCAUGUGCAGUUCUACCUCACUCAGCUGUUAGAAAGGCAGAGUACACAAUGUGACCAAUAAAUACAGGUAUUCAAAAAAAAAAAAAAAGAAAACUUGACUGGGAUCCACAAGAAAAAAAGAAAAAGAUGUUCCCUAACCACAGCUAGAAAAUGCUAUGCCCCGUGUUUUAACAGCAGCAAAGUGCAUUCUUAAAGGCGGUGCUGUUGCAGAAUGACCUUGUUGAAAGAAUGUAAAGGCUUGUAUGCAUUUAAGAUACUGUUUCAGCUCUGCCUUCCUUCAUUUAUUUCAGCCUCUUACUGUAGGUGGGCUUUAGUCCUGUUCUAGUAUGGCUGUGCUUUGCAACCUCUUGAAUCACAGUAAUGAUUUGAAUAGAAUGUGGUUCAGGCCUUUCUUGUUAGGCCUCAGUACAAAGUAGGCAUUUCCAAGUUUCCAAUAACAUUGUGUGUCCAGCUCCUGAAUGAAUCCGAGGAGGUAGAUAUGAAGGCAUGUUGCACUCAUGUAUGCUAUGCAGAACAACUGGUCCCUACCAGUUGUUGUUGUUGUUGUUGUUGUUGUUGUUGUUUUGUUUAUGCUUUCUCAGGUCCUUUUUAUGACUUGUGUUUUGAACAGGGUAAAGUGAAUGUGUUGUGUUGCAUUCUGAAGUUACUCAGGUAUUGUGUUGCUGAAGUACAGUAGUUUAAGGUGUGCUAGAUUAGAUUUGGAGACGUUUAGGUCCUUUUGUAGGCAUUUCUUAUUAAAAUGGGUUUGAAGGGUAUUUAGGUCUUGAGGUUUAUAAAGAAAAACUUGGUUAAAAUUCAUGGGAAUAAAAUGUGUUUUCAGGGUUAGGUGCCAAGGGUUUGUGCUUAUUAGUAUGAACAACAUAAUACAUGUAUAAACAGUAGAUGGGAAAGGAAAUAUUGAGUUUUGAAGAUAAGUUGCAUAGCACAGUGUUUACAAUUGUAAUGUUUGCACCAGACAAUGAUAAAUGCACAUUUUUAAUGCACAUACAUGGUCGCUAAGAUGAAGCUGGCAUAACAGUUGUUAAAGAUGUUUCACUGUGUUACAAAAGCCUUUACUGCCACUUUGUAGAACAGAUUUCCAGUGUCCUUGCAUAGCUGCAUGCUUCAAGAAUGUACAAGCGGAAGUACUGUAGAACUGUGAUUUUAACUUAAGGGUUUACCCAAUCCGUUCCUUAAAAUCCAUGACUUCUGUUGAACUUGAAUUUCUUUAUUUCCUUACUUUGAAACCUAUUUGUGAAUGUUUUCCUUUUUUGUUUUCAUUAAGUGAAGGGUUUUAUUUCUGUUGUUGUUUUUGUUGUAUUAAUUUGCUAAUUAAAGCUAGGUGUCUGUGAAGAUGUAUCUCCUUGUUUUUCUCAGGAUGAUAAACGGCAAUCAUUCCUGCCAUGUAGCCGAGGGCAGAAAAAAGUAUGUGUGGGAACGAUGGGGGGGGGCGGACUAGCUGUAUAGGAAAACUAUUGAACUAAUGUAUAAGAUUAUUGACAAAGUGUAAAACAAAGUAAUGCUACAUUGCUGAAGAACCCCAUGGCUGGUUCUCCAUGGGCCCAUACCUCCUUGCUUGCAGGGUGGGUUUGUAGCUCAGGGAUCUUUAUAUGUACUGGUCCACUGGGGAGCCAAGCUUUGGGUUGAUAGCUUCUUUCAUGCACUGUUUAAGAAACAUCAGAACUGCAGCCCAAACCGAGGAUGCAACUUUAUUCUAAGAUUCUGUGCAAGCUCAGAGCGAACCGGAUUUCCAAACAAACUGUCAUUUUGUCAGAGAGUAAAUUCUAGGUUAUUGCAGGCUAGUUGUCCAUUAUUUUGUCAAAUUGUCACCAGUCACAUUUCAAAUUUUGCCCAAGAUCAAUUUCGUUAGAUAAAUUGCUUUCUCCCCAGUACCUACAAUUUGUUUUAUUUAACAGAAUUCCCACUUUAGUCUUGCUGAAUAAUCCUGCCAUAUCCUGGGCUUGUGCAUGAUGUUCCUUAAAAGUUCAUGAAAGAAGUGCAAUGCAUGUACAAAUGAGCGCUCAGGCAUGCAGUUCCAGAUCAGCUGACACUGCCUGUUCUUUUAUUAUUAUUAUUAUUAUUAUUAUUAUUAUUAUUAUUAUUAUUAUUAUUAUUAUUAUUAUUAUUAUUAUUAUUAUUAUUAAUUGUGGAAUGUGUUAUUCUAGUUGAUGCAUAAAUUGAUUCCUAUUUCAAUGCUGAAACUACCUCUUGUGUGGCAUCUUGUUGUUUAUUGUCAUAAAGAGAUCAGGUGAAAAAUGCUGAGAAUUUUCGCUGUUAUUGAAACUCCUGUGUCAAGUCCACCUCUUUUAAUUUUGGUAUCAACCUUUCCCUAUACAUAAAUGUAGAAACAUUAUUUUCUCGCUUUUUUGCCUAAAGCACAUUAUAACCCUACCUCAUCCAUUAAAUCCAUAUUCAGUGUAAACUGAAUAUUUACAUAUACCUUGCCUAUUGAACUCAUAACUACACCAAACCCUUCAGCUGUAACAAAGGAGAAUAUGUGUGUGUAACUGACUGUUUCUUUACUGCGUUGGGUGUAUAUGAUGUUGUUCAUAUAUGAUACUUCCACACAUGUAAUCUGCUAAACUGUUUUUAAUACACAGUUCUAAGUGUGUAAAUCCUUUAACAGAUGAAUGUGUUGUUCAUGUAAGAUGCUUCCACAUCCCAGAAUGUUACAGGAAAGAAGCUCAUUUAGAAGAGCAGUUUACAUGUAUUGCUUUUGGCAGGAUUUAAACAAUAAUAUAUAAUAUUUUUUUCCAUGUCCUGCUGUUUACAUUUUAGUACUUGGUUAAUCUGGGUUCAGUGUGUUCAUUUUCACAAAAUAAAUUAUUGUAAACAUUUCUAGAACGGGUUUUAAAUAAGUGUUUAUUUCAUUGUGUCAAUUGGCACUUUUUGAAGUAGAUCUUUUUAGAUAAAUUGUCAAUCAUAGUGAAAGUAACUAAUACUGUAUUACUUUUGAAAGUUUUGCUCUCCCUACCACGCAUACCACUACUUGUAAAGACUUAAAACUUUUCUAGGCAGUUGAAUUAUUCGUGAUGAAAUUACAUUUUAAAUACUAAAAAAAAAAAAAAAUUUAAAACAUGUAACCUGUUCGUGUGACACAUCCUGACUGACCAGCAUUUAUUUUUUAAACUGUUACGGGUACGCUGAUUGGUUCUUUAAAGAAUGUGUCACAAGGAAGGGGUGUGUCUCUUAAGUAAACAGCACCAAAAAUGUUGUAAAAUUCAGGGAAACAUUGUCACGCUUCAUAAUUCUAUGACAGCUGAAUGUACAGUUGUUGACGAUAACAUUCAACAUACAACAUAUUUCAAUAAAACAUUGAAGCAGUUUGAAGCAUAUCUAUUUCAUUGUUUCAGUUUCUGCACUGAUGUAGGGUGUUAUUUUGAAGUUGUCUGUAUAUGUCGUCACCGCUGCCUUUGAAGUCAAUGCUCUGUAUAACAGCACUGUUUGUUUUUUAAUAUCCCAGAAAUAUGGCUUUGUGAGUGUCUGUGAGCACUGCACUGCAGCUUAACUACCUGUGGGAUAUGUGACCAAUAAGUGUUAAAAGCAUGUUUACAAUGUCUUACAACUUGAAAAAUAAAUGUGAAUCUUAUGCAAA